AUGGAAUCUCCAUCAUCGCAUGCUGGACAAAAGCGCAAAAUGAACGACAUGAGCUCAUCUGACGAAGAUGAGCGGCCAGCGACGGGAUUCCGAGGCUUCGCGCGAGCCCGCGAGCGCUCCGAAUCGCCUCCGAGAAUGGGUGGACUAGGCAGCGCUUCACGCAAUCCCUGGAAUAAUAUGAACAAUGUCGCUACGCCAGAACCCAUCCGAGGGGGAGCGGCUUCUCGUGGCGGAAAGCCCAUGGCGGGGAACUCCUUUGCUGCUCGAAUGAUGGCAAAGAUGGGUUACAAGGAGGGUCAAGGUCUGGGAUCUAGUGGUCAGGGUAUCGUCAAUCCCAUCGAAGCCCAGGCGCGACCGCAGGGAGCUGGACUUGGUGCAGUUCGUGAGAAGACCAAGCAAGCACGCGCUGAGGAGAAACGUGAGGCCGCGCGACGAGGUGAAUCAGUCGACGACAGCUCCGACGAAGAGAGACGCGCCCGACGAAAGAAGAAGCACGACCGCAAGACCGAGAGCCGCAGUGGCACCGGUACACCGGUACCUCGUCCCAAGCCCAAGUUCCGGACAGCGCGAGAAAUUGAGGAUGCAAUGGAGGGUCUGGAGGUGCCGAAUGUCCUGAAGACCCUGAUUGAUGCUACUGGGAAAGAACAGCGCGUCUUGACCUCGACCGCCGGUCUCAUGGCCACACAAGAAUUCGUCAGCCAGGGGGAAUCCGAGGCUCUCAAGAUUGCGCGGCGUGCGCGCACAGACCUUGAAGCGUUUGCCGACGAAUGGAAGGGCUUGACUGAAAGAAAACGAUUCAUUGAGGAUGAGGAAGCUCAGGUCGUCAGCGAACUGGAUGCAUAUCAAGAUCGCCUCAAUCACUUGACAGGAUUGAUCGCCGCGGUGGAAGAACUGGAUAUAUUUGAGCACGAGGACAGUACCGCAUCGAAAUUCCACGAAAUGACACAAAAGAUCGAGGCGAUGGAGACCAAGUACCGGGACAUCGGCGACGAAUAUCGACUGGCAGAAACAAUUGUUGCGGCGAUGCACCCCCUCUUCCGGCAGGCCAUGGAGGAGUGGGAACCGUUGCGGAAUCCCGAGCUUCUCGUGUCAGAUCUCAUCCGCCUCCAGCCCAUCCUUUCUCGCCGGUCUGAGAAUGGUGUCUCUCAACGGUCGUCGACCACUCCCUACGAAACAUUAAUUUACACACUCUGGCUGCCUCGAGUCCGCUCGGCACUGCUCAAUGACUGGGAUGUGUACGACCCGAAUGUUGCUACGGCACUGAUUGUUGCUUGGAAACCCAUCGUGCCGAGCUUUGUGUACGCCAAUCUCAUCGACCAAGUCGUAGUUCCGAAACUCGGUAGCGCCCUCAAAAACUGGAGACCCCGAAGCAGUCGACGGCACCCUUCCCAGCAAGAUGGCAAGUUUCCUUGGUGGUUGUUUACGUGGUUACAAUACCUGGGAGACCGACACACCAACCCCACGCAGCCCACGGGCCUCAUGUCGGACAUGAAGAGGAAAUUCCGGGUCGUCUUAGACACAUGGAGUCUACGCCGGGGCCUCGUCAACGGCAUCGAACUGUGGCGGGAUGCCUUGGGGGGUGAAUUCGACACAUGUCUCCGCAACCACCUGUUGCCUCGGUUGGCUCGCCACAUUCGGGAAGACUUUAUCGUGAACCCGCAGGACCAGGAUUUGACCGCUCUUGAAGAUGUGCUUCGGUGGAAAGACUUUUUCAAGCCCAACGUGAUGGGCUUGCUAUUGGUGGCCGAGUUCUUCCCGAAAUGGCAUGACAUCUUGUACAUCUGGCUCACCAAUGACCCGAACUAUGAAGAGGUUGGCGCUUGGUUCACCUGGUGGCAGAGUCAGAUCCCCUCGGAGCUGAAUGAGCUGGCCAUUGUGGAAGAAGAAUGGAACAAGGGCCUGCACACGAUGAACCUCGCCGCUGAACUGGGCGAUCGGGCUGCUCGUGAGUUGCCGCGUCCAGUCACUCGCGGUCCGGCGUCCACUCCAACCCGAGUCGAAGCCGAGGCCGAAGCCGCCGCCCGCAAAACGGCUCCUGUACCUCCGGCUCAACCGGCGAUUGUGGAAGAAAUUGCAUUCAAGGAUAUUGUGGAGAAUUGGUGUGCCGAACAGGGUCUGAUCAUGCUCCCCUUACGUGAGGCGCACCCCAAAAAUGGGUCUCCUCUGUUCCGCAUCACGGCCAGUGCAUCUGGCAAAGGUGGUGUGGUGGCAUAUCUUCACGGUGAAGUUGUCUGGGUGCAAAACAAGAAGGUCAAGGAUCUCUGGGAGCCCAUGGGCUUGGAGGACGCUCUGGUUGAGCGUGCCGAGGGGCGGUAG